UUUACCUAAUGAAUUCUAUGUUAUUUUUACUUCGCUUAAGUAUGGGUAGUAUGAAGAAACGAGGUCUUAAAAAGCUUGAAGAAAUGUGAGAAUUCUCACACAUGACCGUGCCUCUGAGUGGGGAAAAGAAAGGAAGGAAUGACAUGGACACAUGUGAAUACACAGAAGUGAGGUCGAGAGCAUUGUAUCCAUGGAAAAUGUGUAAGAGAAAGGGACUUGGACACACAGUUCACCUUGUUGAGGAAAAUCUGUGCCACUUUUUGUCAUGAAAACUUUUCAGGGGAAAACUUUCUCUGAAAGCCUGAGAGUUAUAGAUGCCUUGUAUUUUAGGAGAGGCUCUAGAAAGAGUGAAUGGAUUUCAAAAGUAUUGGCAUAAGGACUUGAAAGCCAUGGAUGGUGCUGGUGGCAGUGAUGAAGGCCAGACAGCAGGUGACACAAAUGCACCCGUGCCUGGCAGCAGUGCCAAGUCUGCCCAAAGCAAAGAAGAGCUGUCUGAUCAUGAACUGGAUGAAUAUGAUUUGGACAAUUACGAUGAAGAGGAAUACACGGGUGAUUUAAAACUUGGAGACUCUUUGGCUACUCUGGCAGUAUAUGGGAGCAAUGAAAAUGAUCCUUACAUCACUCUAAAAACCACUGAACAGUAUGAACAGGAGGACUUUUUGAUUAAACCCAGUGACAAUCUUGUCCUUUGUGGCAGAGUUGAUAAAGACUGCUGUAGUUUGGAGGUCCAUGUUUAUAAUCAUGAAGAAGACUCAUUUUAUGUACAUCAUGACAUUAUCUUGCCUGCUUACCCUCUGAGUCUGGAGUGGUUGAAUUUUGAUCCUAGUCCAGAUGAAUCAACAGGAAAUUAUGUUGCAGUGGGUAACAUGACCCCAGUCAUUGAUAUUUGGGACCUUGAUGUAGUAGAAUCCUUGGAACCAGUCUUUUCUCUUGGAGUCAAGAAAGAGAAAAAGAAGAAAAAGAAAGGAAAGAAAAAUUUAUCUUCAGAAGGGACUGUGGAAGGACAUACUGAUGCUGUGCUUGAUCUUUCAUGGAAUACACAAAGCAGGAAUGUUUUAGCAAGUGCCUCUGCUGACAACACAGUGAUUUUGUGGGACAUGGCUGUGGGUAAGCCAGCAGCCAGCCUGACACUACAUACAGACAAGGUCCAGACAUUGCAGUUUCACCCAUUUGAAACUCAGACCCUCGUUUCUGGAUCGUUUGAUAAAUCAGCAGUGCUGUACGACUGCAGAAACCCCCAGGAAAGCCAUCGUGUGUGGCGGUUUAGUGGUCAGGUUGAGAGAGUUAUUUGGAAUCAUUUUUCACCUUGUCAUUUCUUGGCAAGCACAGACGAUGGCUUUGUGUAUUGUCUGGAUGCUCGAGCUGAUAAGCCCCUGUUUACUCUGAAAGCUCACGAUGAAGAGGUGUCAGGGCUACAACUAAGCAGUCAGAUCAAAGGGUGCCUCGUGACAUCAUCUGCUGACAAAUAUGUGAAAAUUUGGGAUAUCCUGGGAGACAGACCAAGUUUAGUCCAUUCCAGGGAUAUGAAAAUGGGAGUUCUGUUCUGUGCAGCUUGCUGCCCUGACUUCCCGUUUGUCUUUGCCUUUGGAGGAGAGCGGGAAGGGCUGCGUGUUUGGGAUAUAAGCAAGAUCUCUGCAGUGAAUGAAGUUUUUGGAAACAGAGAGAGGCUCAUCCUGGCUAGUGCUAACUCUGUGGCUUCCAGCUCCACGGCCAGCAGUAGCAGCAAUGAUUUGGAGACAGCAAUGGAAUUAUGAUGGACCAAAGAUAAAAAGUCAAAGUAAUUAUUUGGACUACAACUAAUGUGUAUUCUACAAAUGCCCCUGUUCGGUGAGAGUUCAUGGAAAUGACUGGUGUCUUGCAAUCUGCAGGCUGCUUCAUCUCAGACAAAGAAAGGUGGUGGUGUGGUUAAGCUCUAAGCUCCUGCCUCUGUUACCAGCUCUGAAAGACUGAAUCACUCGCUUUAACCUGAGAUAAUGAUCCCUGAAAUAGGGGCUAUAUAUAGUUGAUACAUAAAAUGGAACAGUCACUAGAAAAGCAUUCUGUGACUACAGAAGUUUGUUGAAUUCUGCAAAGACAGUUUUAUCUUCUACCUUCUAAGGGCAUAAGGAAAAGUAUUUCACACAACAGUUGUGUAAUAAAUAAACAGAGAUUAAUUGAAUUAAA